UCUUGCAAGGAAAAAAGUUUCAAUAAUAAAUUUGGUAUUAUUUAGAAUUGAAAACAUUCUAUAAAAAAUUUUAAGUGAAAUAUUUUUUGUCAUGGGCGCUAAUUCUAAAGAUUUCCAGGAGGCCAUGCAGGAAGCAUUAAAUACAGCCACUGCCUCAAGUAUUGCGACCCAUGAUACACAACAACCCAUGAUAAAUAAAAUAACUUCAAAUGCAAAAACAAUAAAUGUGGAUGACUUAAGUCCAGGUCGUCGAAGGUUAACACAGUGGUUGGGUAAAACAUUUCGUGUAGUCAUAUCAGAUGGACGAGUAUUGGUCGGGUUUUUCAAUUGCACAGACAAAGACGCAAAUAUUGUACUCUCUAUGUGCGCUGAAUAUUUGGAAGAUGGCAAAGAUGCACGCAUAUUAGGUAACGUUAUGAUACCUGGCAAGCAUAUUGUAUCAAUAUCCGUUGAUUUGGACAAAAACAAUCCGUCUGACAAUGUAGCAAAUGGUGACGAAUCUUCCGAUUCAAUAUAUACAUAAUAUUUAGUUAUUCAAUAUAAAACAAAUUUAACUAUAAAGUAAUAAUAA